AUGCAACGACGAGAUUUGGACGUUUCUAUUCGAUUGCUGUUCAUCAGCAGUCUGUUAGUUAGUUUGAGUUUAUGCUCAUAUUCUGAUUCGCUCGAAGAUAAUUUGAAAGAAGCGUUAUACAAGAAGUGUUGGAAGGAAUGUUUGGAUCAUCAUCAAGUUAGUCCAUCACAUGAAGCUGUACUUGCUCUAAUCAAUCGGAAGUUCAGUUUGGAGAAGCAUGAGAAGCAUUGCCGGUCGUACAAUGAAUCCAAGAAAUGUGCUCAUAGUUGCCUUUCAUCUCCCAAUCACGAAUACUAUCUUCGACCUUUUGUACGUCAAAACUACUUAAAUGAUUUCAUUUGCGCUCGUCAUUAUGAUGACUUUAGAAAAUAUCUUCCCUGUUAUCAAGGACAUACAUCACUCGAACAAUACUUCAUCAGAUGCGGAUACUUUGCCAUUGAAUCAGAUGACUCAUCUGUUCUUCAAGCAAAUCCUCAGACAUGCGCUGCUCUCCGAUGUGUGACCCGUUACAUUCCUGGUCUAAUUCGUCAACAGUGUACUUCAUUAGAAAAUGCAAAAAUGGCACAUGAAGCUGGUGAUCUGAUGGAACGCAUGGUUACAGCCUUCUUACGAGAGAAACUACAUUUGAAUCGAAUGAAACGCCAAUGUGAAGAUUCGGAUAUCAUUAAGAGAAGUUGA